AUGGCUCCUAUGGAAAAAGGUUUCUCGUGGUCCAACAUCGCUGUUGGAGCAACAAUGAACAUGUUCGAAGUGACGACCCUCGGACAACCUCUGGAAGUACUCAAAACUCAAAUGGCAGCUAAUCGAUCACAAACGAUGGGUCAAGCAUUCAGGAACGUUUGGUCAAGAGGUGGAAUUAAAGGUUUCUAUCAAGGUUUAAUUCCAUGGGCAUGGAUCGAAGCAUCUACCAAAGGAGGAGUCCUCAUCUUUACCGGAUCAGAAAUUGAAAAGUACGCCACUAAAACAUUCGGCGUAUCUCCUGCUACAGCAGGUAUGUUGGGAGGUAUAGGUGGUGGUGUAGCUCAAGCAUAUGCUACCAUGGGCUUCUGCACCUGUAUGAAAACCGUUGAGAUCACCCGACAUAAGCAAGCAUCCGUCGGAGCACCUGUCGAAUCAACAUUCAAGGUAUUCGCCGAUAUCUACAAGAGAGAAGGUCUUGCAGGCAUAAACAAAGGUGUCAACGCGGUCGCUUUACGUCAAGCUACCAAUUGGGGUUCAAGAUUUGGUUUUGCCAGAUUAGCGGAAGACGCACUUCGAAAGAUCAAAGGUACGAAAGAAGGUGAUAAAUUAGCUCCUUUAGAUAGGAUCUUGGCAUCUACCAUUGGUGGUGCUUUAGCUACUUGGAAUCAACCCAUUGAGGUUGUAAGAGUUGAGAUGCAAUCCGCUAUCAAAUCCCAAGAUCCUACUCGACCCGCUAAGAAAACCGUCCUCAACACUUUACAAUACAUUUACAAGACCAAUGGUAUCAAAGGUCUUUACCGAGGUGUAGCUCCUCGAAUUGGUCUAGGUGCUUGGCAAACCAUCUGUAUGGUCACUUUCGCAGAUUACGUGAAAGCUGCGUGA